GGAAAUGUGGUUGUUGGGUUGCUAGUUUCACUGAGCCAUGCUGUUAAAGUCGAGAGAUUUGGAUGAUUUAUUCUAGAUAAUUUCUUUUGGGAUGUUAUUGAAAGGUAAAAGGGGGAUGGGUUGAGUUGACAAAAGGAAUGCAUAAUACAAAGUGGAGCAAUGAAAUUGAGUGUUACAUAGAUGAUUGAAGUUUCGUCUCUGAGAUAGAAAGCAUAUGUACUGCUAAACAAAUGAUAUGUUCUGUGAAAAGUUUAUCGGAUAAAAUUACUGAAGUACAAACAUGUUUCACAGCCAAUAGUUGAAAGGUUCAGGGUACACCUCUGGGCUUUGACUGCAUAAAUCUUGAUCUCACAAGACCUUUGCCAUUUGUGCGGGUCUGUCUUAUAUUUUUGUGCCUCGGAAAAAUUCGUUAAGCUAGGAUAAUGGACAUGCAAGCGCAAGUGCACUUGGGAGAAAAUGGAGUAAUUAACGUUGAUGAAGAAGCAUAUAAUGGAGAUGAUGGACAAACUGAAAGUUUCCAAACUUUGGUCAAGGAUAUGAUUGAUUGGUUGAAUGAGCAACUUCCUGAUAUGGAUGUGCCGGCAGACUCUUCACUUGAGGACUUACGUGUUUGUUUGCAAGAUGGAACUGCAUUAUGUAAUUUGUUAAAUGCACUGAGCCCUGGAGCAGUUAAUAUGGAUGGUAGUUCAGAGCCCCAGCAAGCAAUUGAAUUUUUUUUGUCAACGUUGGACAAAAUGUCCUUGUCUCGAUUCGAUGUUUCAGAUUUAGAACAGGGAUCGAUGGUCAAAGUGUUGAAGUGCCUGCAGGGGAUUAAAAGUAAUUUGAGCUGUAACACUGACAGGGAAACUGCUCAUAAUCAUGUGAGAAGGAGAUGGAAUGUGCCUGAGGUGGAAGGUUUGGAUGGGACUGAUUGUUCCCAAGUGGAUUCACACAAUUCUGCAAAGUUUGGACCAGAAAAACGGAGGAAUUCGUGGGAAUCUAAAUUUCAAACUGUCUUUCGCAGUACUACUUUAUCAGGCAACCUUGGUCCUGAUGUCAAGAUCUCAGAAUUGGUGAAGUGGAACAGCUUAGAUAAAGCUCCUAUGCAGUUGCUGUUUAGCAUGGUGGACAGGGUAUUGGAUGAAAGUCUAGAAAGGAGGAGCGGGGAUGUACCUCAUCGUGUGGCUUGCCUUUUGAAGAAACUUGUACGAGAGAUUGAGCGUCGGGUGUCAAAUCAAGCAGAUAAAAUAAAAAAUCAAAAUAAUCUCUGCAAGGUUCGUGAAGGCAAGUAUCAGUCAAAAGUGAGAGCCCUUGAGACGCUUGUUGUUGGGGCAGCUGGAGAAAGCGAGGUUGCUGUAAACCAUCUUCGGCAAAUAAAGCACUUCAGGAAUCUUAUUGCUUUACAAUUCGCGAGGUUGCCGCUUGCCGCCCAAACGGAGAAGAUUAAAUUAGAAGAGAAGAGUAAACAUGGUGAAGAAGAUGUGGUUAGAUUGAUGAAAGAAAGAGAUGAACGUGAAAUCGAGAUUGGGGCACUCAAGCACGAGUUAGAGUUGGUUAAAAUGUCAUAUGAAAAGGAUUGCUCACAAUUGGAAAUUGAAGUGAAGGAAACUAGAGCAAAGUUGCAAGAGAAGAUAAUGGAUCUUGAAUCUCUUCUACAAGUUUCAAAUAAAAAAGUGAAUGAAUUGGAGGAAACCUUUGAACAUGAGAUUCAGAAAUUGAAAAACAGAGAGCUCCGCUACUCUUGCUUUUUGCAUUCCCAAUUUGAUGUUAUGAAGGUACUAAGGAUGGAUUUAGAUUCUGUAAAGAGAGAGCUUCUGAAGACGCAGAACUGCUACCCUCUUGAAUUUCAAUUUCUAGGCACAAAGCUCAAGGAACUUGUUGAUGCUGCAGAAAAUUACCACAUGGUUCUUGCAGAAAACCGAAAAUUAUACAAUAAGGUUCAGGAUUUGAAAGGAAAUAUUAGAGUGUAUUGCCGUAUAAGGCCAUUUCUUCCUGGCCAAAAUGAGAAGCAGACAACCAUUGAGUACAUUGGUGAGAAUGGGGAGCUUGUUGUCUUUAAUCCUCUCAAACCAGGAAAAGACAGCCGCCGACUGUUCAAAUUCAACAAGGUCUUUGCUCCAACAGCUAGUCAAGAGGAGGUAUUUAUAGACACUCAACCAUUAAUUCGAUCUGUUCUCGAUGGGUAUGAUGUAUGCAUUUUUGCCUAUGGCCAGACUGGUUCAGGCAAGACAUAUACUAUGACUGGACCUGAUAUGGCAUCAAAGGAGGACUGGGGUGUGAAUUAUCGAGCUUUGCAUGAUCUUUUCCAGAUUUCGCAGAACAGGAGAAGCUCCAUUAUGUAUGAGAUCGGUGUGCAGAUGGUUGAAAUAUAUAAUGAGCAAGUCCGAGAUUUGCUUACAUGUGAUGGCUCACAGAAAAGACUUGGGAUUUGGAGCACCACUCAACCUAAUGGCUUGGCUGUUCCAGAUGCGAGCAUGCACCCCGUUAGGUCAACUAAUGACGUGCUUGAGUUGAUGAAUGUUGGCUUCAUGAACAGAGCUGUAGGUGCCACAGCGUUAAAUGAAAGGAGUAGUAGAUCUCAUAGCAUUCUUACUGUCCAUGUUCGUGGCACGGAAUUGAAGAGCAAUUCUGUUUUACGUGGUUGUCUCCACUUAGUGGACCUUGCGGGAAGUGAAAGAGUUGACCGCUCUGAAGCAACUGGAGAUAGACUGAGGGAGGCCCAACAUAUUAACAGAUCACUGUCAGCUCUCGGAGAUGUAAUCUUUGCACUAGCUCAGAAGAACCCACAUGUGCCUUAUAGAAACAGUAAACUUACUCAGGUUCUCCAGAGUUCAUUAGGUGGGCAAGCAAAGACAUUAAUGUUUGUGCAGCUUAACCCUGAUGUGGAAUCUUACUCUGAAACUGCCAGCACUCUUAAAUUUGCUGAGAGGGUCUCGGGGGUAGAGUUGGGGGCAGCACGUAGUAGCAAAGAGGGAAAAGAUGUUAGAGAACUCAUGGAGCAGGUUGCAGCUCUGAAAGCUACAAUUGCAAAGAAAGACGAGGACAUUGAGCGAUUUCGUCUUGGCAAGGCUAAUGCCAACAGUGAGAAGCGUGGUGUGAACUCUCUGAAGCUUGGGGUUCCUUCUCCUGGGAGACGUUCCUCGAAGGCAACUCGACCGUUACGCAGCAGACCUACUUCUGAUCAAGAUUAUUGUUCAGAACAAAGUGAUAGACAUUCUGAAGCGGGUUCACAGCAUUCGGUUGAAGAACUGAAGCACCAGCAUGAGAUUCUGAGGCAUCCCGACCUUUCUGCAUCUGAUGCAGUUCAUAAUUUUAAUGAUGAUAUAGAUCUCUUGGGAUUCGGCGACGUGGAUUCUGAAGAGAGGUUAAGUGAUAUAUCUGAUAGCGGGCUUUCAAUGGGAACCGAAACUGAUGGUUCAAUUUGCAGUGUUGUGGAAUACACACUUUUCCCUGAAGUGGAAAAGCCAGUGCAAAACCUGGAGAAGUCAACUAUACCAAACAAACUUCCAAAACCUCCACAAAAACAACAGACGGGAUCUUCUCGGUCAUCACUUGGCAAGACAUCCUCUAAAGUUGUAUCAAGCUCUAAGAAACAAGCUUCAAGUAACUCUUCAUCAGCAAAUCCCAAAGUCAGGCCGUCUAAAAGGUGGGCAUAAAGCUGCAAUGAUUUUGCAACUGUUCUAGGGUGUAGACUGUAGCAUAACAUAGCUAUGUCAUAUCUUUCUCUCUGUCUGUUCUCUCUCCUCCCUCACCACAUUGUUAGCAUAGGUGACAGCGCGCUUGAUUUGGCAGAUUUGACAUAUUUAGUGUAGGCUUUAAUUGCUGAGUUUUAUAUAACAAUUUUAAGAAGCAGCUGAACUUACUUUAUGGCCUUGACGCAAAACACCUGGUGAUAUACGUGAAUCAUGUACAGCAAAUGGGUAUGAAAAUGCUUCCAGUUUGAGAUUCA